GUUUAGUAUUACCUGGUUGCAAUGGCAUGACGCCAUGUCGGCCAAGUACAGGUGUGUGUCCUCGCGGCCCCACAUAGCGCAAAGCGCCGCUCAACGCUAAGUUAGAGUGAGUCCAUGAGUCCUAUCUUGUGUAACUCAUCGACGCGACUGCAUGUGACGUUUGUAUGGUGAAGGAUGACUGUCAGCGUUGGCCAUGGCGGCAGUCGUCCUUCGGCAUGUGCCAACCUCGCCGACCGACGAUGUUAACCUUAUUGCGAUUCUUGUAGGAAGCACACUGAAAGUUGGCGCCUGAACAGAUGCAAGGACGACCAGGUCGCAUGGAACCAGCGCCUGUAUGCGUUGCCCCAGCACUGCACCCGCUCGCUGUGGUGGCGCAGCUGUCGCCCCCGAUCGCAAAACAGUCGUCGGCGGCGUACGUAGAAGCCAUGAUGCAGGAUAACGAUGCUAUGCUGCCUUCGGCCAAGGACCAGUUGGCGGAUUGCUGGCGCCAGCGCCUGCUGGUGUUUCCGAGCUUGACCAAGCCGUCCAUUCAGAAAGAAAACGAUCAAGAAGACGAGGAAGAAGAGUACCACGACGGCAGUGACGGCGACGAGCGAGGAAUGGGCGGGUAGUACAUUAUUAUCAAGUCAAUUCGAAAUUAAAGUGGGGACG